AUGACCUCAGAAGAGUCUCCAUUGCAAAGGAUAUUGAAGAAUCUUGGACCUCAAACACCAAAGGAUUAUGGAUCGGCUAAAGCAUAUGCAGAUGAAGUGAGGAAAUGGCACAUAGACACGUAUAACUGGUUAAAUUCUCAACAUCAGCAUUAUGUAUCUACAAAUCAAGUUAAUGUAAGUUUGUUUUGCUUUUUUAUUUCUAUUUUUAGGAUGUAAAUGUUGCUGAGGAGGUUUUAAAUGGUAAUAACAAUGGUCUGAGGCAUCGUGGACCGGCUGUUCGUCGAGUAUUUCAAUUUGUUAUACCAAGAAAUCAGAUAGGUGGUGUAAUAACAGAAGAAUGCGAGCUGGCGACAUCGUCACGCAGACUUAUUGCUGAAGCUACUGAUUUUAUUCUUUUAAUGUUUCUGAAGAUGGUUCUGCUUUAUGUUUUGAUGGAUCUCGAGCUAAUGUGAGUUUUAUAUAAAGAACUUUAUGAGAGCGUCAGAUGAGCCAUGGUUAACAUCGGUUUUGAUGCGUCUUUCAUUGAAUUUUGAUUGAUAUGGCUUCAGUUUCGUAUUAAUAGCUUUAUUAGUAUCUGACGGUCAUUUUGAUGUGAAUUUUAGCGUUUAUCAUUAACUUUAACAUGCGAAAAAUAUGAUUUUAGAGACCUGGAUUACCUGGAAAACUUGUUUUCGGCUGCCAGUGAUUUCGACACGUUAAUUAAGCUUACCAGGAGUUUGUUUUAUGCCGAACUAGUGUCUAAGCUAGUUUCAACGAUAUUCGAAGCUCUGUUUGUUACAUAUGGUUUUCGGAACAUACCGAGAGGAAGUACGCCAGGCAAACAUCUUCUGGGAUUGGAGAUCGUUCAAUAUCAAGAUGUUUCUGAUGUGAACAACCGACCAGGACAUGUGAGGGUUGUUAGGACACCUUUUGUGUUUUUUAGGCAGUGAGUUUUUUAUAGUUUUAUGUUGUAAUCAAUCUGUUAUAUUGUAGUAUCUUUGAGUUUUGGCAAACAUCGUCUUAAAAUUUAGUUUACAAAGUUAAAUAAGGUUAGAUAUAAUGUGUAAAUGAUAUUUUAAUAAAGAUGAAUGUUUCAGCUCAAUGAUCCGCUCUUUUAUGAAAAACAUGUGCAUCAACUUUUUUUUCCCCAUCAACAUCUUUUGCUACGGAUUCAGCCACAACCGUGCCAUCUACGACUUUUUUGCCAAAACCCUUGUGAUCCAACGAAGACCGGUCUAA